CUCCUGAGAAGACAUGGCCCAAUCAUUGCUGGCAUGUAUCCAAGGCUUGAGCGUUGGUAUAGGUGGCUUCGCAAAAGCCAAGCAGGCAAGGAGAAAGGCACGUUCAGAUGGCGGGGACGAAAUGCCACCACGGUCAAAGAGCUCAACCCAAAGACUAUGGCUUCGGGACUUGACGAUUAUCCUAGAGCAAGCCAUCCUUCGAAGGAGGAAUACCAUCUUGAUCUUCGUUGUUGGAUGGCUCUUGGCAGCCGUGUAAUGAAUCGCCUAGCUCACCUUUAUGAAGAAGGCAAGAAUAAGAACAAAUAUACUGCGGAAGCUUCACUUCUAGCGGAUUUUGAAGAUCUCUUGCGUCUUCACUGGAGUAGCGAUAAAAAUGCUUUCUUCGACUUUGGACGUCACAGUGACAAAGUCAGACUUAUAAGAAAACCUAUCAAAAUCAAAGGACAACCGGACCAAUACAUAGUUGAAAGGUUAGGAUGA